AUGCCUUCCUCCAUGGCGAUUUGCACGAAGUUGUGUACAUGGGACCUCCUCUCAGACUUUGCCGACAGGGGGAAAAUACCGUAUGUUGACUCAAUAACUCCCUUUAUGAACUUAAACAGGCUUCCAGGAACUGCUUCUCUAAAUUUUCUGGGUCUCAAAUCUUUUCUCCUCAAGCAUUUUCGCAUCAAGGACCUUGGUAAUUUAAAAUACGUCUUGGGUAUUGAGUUCUCUCAUUCCAAGAAAGUGGCGGACCUGUGUAGGCGCAAGGAGAUGCACCUGCACCUCCGGUCGCCGGAAAACACCAUAAAACCUGCUGAUGUUGCACCUCUGCUCAUGCACAGAAGAUGUUCGAUGAAAUGCGCAAGUGAAUUGUGCUGCUGCGCGCAGCUCUUGAAUGAAAUGAUGGAGGAUGGGGUGGAGCCCAACGCAUUUACUUACUCAUCCGCUUUGAAAGCAUGCGCCCACCUGGAAACCGUUCUGCACAGGAAAUUGAUUCACUCCUCAGCAAAUAAAAGUCCUGCCACGUCUAAUGUUUUUGUGGUGGGUUAUGCAAAGAAUGGUCUUUGCCAGGAGGCUAUGAAGCUCAUGUAUCGAAUGCGAACAGAGGGUUUUGAGGUGGAUGAUUACAUCCUUGCCACUGUUCUUACUGCACGUGGAGACCUUCUUUUUUAA